CAGAAAGGUGGUGGACUGGGAGGAGUCCCGGGCCUUCUUCUACAGGAGGUUGCGAAGGAGGGUUGCUGAGGAUUCACUUGCCAAACAAGUUAGAGAAGCCGCUGGUGAGCAGAUGAUGCCUACUUAUGGAUCGGCGCUGGAGUGUAUCAAGGAAUGGUAUAUGGCUUCUCAAGGACAGGGAGAUGGCGAGAAGUGGGACGACGACGAGGCUUUCUUUGCCUGGAAAGACGAUUGUAGCAACUAUGACAAGCAUCUCGAGGAGAUGAAAGCUGAACGAGUAUCCAGGCUGUUGUCGCAACUUGCUGAAAGCUCAGAUGUGAAGGCUUUGCCCAACGGUCUCUCGCUCCUCCUUGGCAAAAUGAAUCCUUCAAAGAGGGAGCAGGUCAUCAAUGGCCUCAGGCAGCUUCUUGGUUGAUGGCAAAUGUAAACAGACCUGCUCGUCUUUGGCCGGUGGAGUAGAAAUUAGGCCUAUGUAUGUAGUGAGCCGUUUUAACCUUGUAGUAAAUUGUUUGGCCUGUCUCAUGCCAAUGUACAUUACACAGCCAGCCAGAGUCAAUAGAAAUAAGAAUGAUUAUUUAUGUUAAAGAUGAUAUUUAUGCUUC